GACUUUACGGUGAACGCCUUGCUGAGGAAGGAUGGCAGCUGACAGUCUAAAAAGUCUGAUAUAUUCUGAGUUUAUUGAGUUGCAGCAUAGGUGUCAUGAUUCAAUUAAAGCAAUGAAACAUGUGCCUGGAGUGGAUGACAGUUUCUUACAAAAGUGUAUGAUGAAAUGUCAAGGUGUGACAAGCAACUUUCCAUCUGUGAUUUCUGGUGGACAGAUCAGCUACUAUCUACAACAGUUCGCAGAGGCAAUACUUGACUUCACAUAUCACGAUGAAAAUCUGCUGACAGAGGAAGAGUUUCCAGAGAAAAAUUCCAAAGAUAGAAUUGCCAAGAUCUUUGAUUACCUAGACAGGAUCAAUGAGAUGUGUGGAGAGGUCUCCCCUAGAAGCAAGCCAGAGGAGUUGCUAGGCAAUGAAAUUGGGGAAUGUCUCUUAUGGCGACGAGGUGCAUUGCUGUACGGGUACUGUGCGACCAUACAGGGUGAUGAGGAGCGGAGGGUUAGGCAGAUUGUUGAACUAAGAGAGAAUCUACAAAAGGGCGUUCACUACCUUCAGGGCCUGUUUAAGAUUCGAGACAGCGUGUUCGAUACCACUCAUGUUUCUGUGGGGCAUGAUACUAUGGACCUGCUCAAACUAGGUAUAUACAGCGACACCCACCUCCUAGCCUUGAUGUAUGGUGGGGAAAUGUGUUACUGGUACAUAAACUCUACAAAAGAUGUGACCGAUUCAGAAAAAGCUGCCAGAACAUUCGGAAUCAAGAUGCUCACAACAUACACACAGGCUGUCGAAACCUUACCUGAACUUCAGGGAACUUGGAGUACCGAAAGAGCCAAACAGUUGCUUCAGGAACUCAAGUCUUGAUAUUCAGAAAUUAUUUAGGUCAUUUUUAAAGAGGCUCACUCACAGAUUUAUGUUGCCAACAUUUUUUUUAAAGUUUGUUGAAAUUAUUAUUUUUUACUUACUUUUAUGAAUAAACACCGCACAGUAACUGACAUAUUCUCAUUUAACAACUCAUAUUUACAGAUUUUUUCUAAAGUGAUUCAAUUUUGAAAAUAGUUACUGAUGAUUUUCGGCAAAAUAGAGCAUUUUCAGUUCAAUACGGCAAGGCAAGAUUUCUCAUUAAAGAUGCACUCUCACAGAUUGACUGUUUCGACACCUUUUUAAUUUUUUGUCUUUGAAUGAGCCAAUUUUUUCAUUAAUGUCUGGAAACCAGUGAUAUAAGACUGCUGACAAAAAAUCAGAUCGCAGUUUUUAGCUCGACUAUUCGAAGAAUAAGGAGAGCUAUACUAGUCACCCUGGCGUCGGCGUCGGCAUUGGCGUCACACCUUGGUUAAGGUUUUGCAUGUAAGCACCUUUAAGUCAUUAUCUCAGUAAAUACAUCAGUUAUUGCAUUGAAACUUUGUAUAUGUAUUCCCAACUAUCUUACAUACUAAAUUAAUGAAGUUAGAUAACAAUUAUUUAAAUAUAAUGCACAUAAUAGGCCUUUAUUAUUCGACUUAGAAAUUCUGGUUAAGGUUUUGCGUGUAAGCACACAUUGGGUAAUAUCUCAGCAACUACUUGAGGUAUUGCAUUGAUACUUGAUACAAUGGUACUCAACCAUCCAACCUACUAAAUUAACCAAGUUAGAUAACUCUAGUUUGCAUUUAAUGAAAAUAAUUGCCCUUUAUUAUUUGAUUUAGAAUUCUGGUUAAGGUUUUGCGUGUAAGCACACAUAGGUUAAUAUCUCAGCAACUACUUGAGGUAUUGCAUAGAGACUUUAUCCAAUGGUAGUCAACCAUCCAACCUACUUAAUUAACCAAGUAAGAUAACUCUAGUUUGCAUUUAAUGCAAAAUAAUAUCCCUUUAUUAUUCGACUUAGAAAUUCUGGUUAAAGUUUUGCAUGUAACCACAUUUAAGUCAAUAUCUCAGCAAAUAUAUCAUGUAUUGCAUUGAAACAUUAGAUAUGUAUUCCCAGAUAACACUUUUUUGAAUAUAAUGCAAAUUAUGGGUCUUUAUUAUUUGACUUAGACAUUCUGAUUAAGGUUUUGCAUGUAAGCACAAAUAGGUUAAUAUCUCAGCAAUUACUUGAUUAAUUGCAUUGAGACUUUAUACAAUGGUACUCAACCAUCCAAUCUACUUAAAUAGCCAAGGAAGAUAACUCCAGUUUGUAUUAAAUUAAAAUAAUGGCCCCUUUUUUAUUCGAAAUAGAAAUUCUGGUAGAGGUUUGCAUGUAACCACUUUUAAGUCAAUACCUCAGCGAAUACAUCAUGUAUUGCAUUGAAACUUUACACACAGGCUCCCAUCUAUUUAACCUUCUUAUUUAAUCAAGUACGAUAACUCUAUCUUUUAUAAUAUAUAAUUUUUGCCCCUUUAUUAUGUGACUUAGAAAUUCUGGUUAAGGUCUUGCAUGUUAGCACACAUAGGAUAAUAUCUCAGCAACUAUUUGAUGUAUUGCAUUGAGACUUUAUACAAUGGUAUUCAACCACCCAACUUAAUUGAAUAACCAAGUUAGAUAACUGUAUUUUGCAAAUAAUGGCCCUUUAUUAUUAGACUUAGAAAUUCUCGUUAAAAUUUUGCAUGGAACCACAUUUAUGUUAAUAUCUCAGCACACCAUGUAUUGCAUUGAAAUCUAAGCCUGAACGUUUCAUUCCUUACAUUGAAAAGCGGCGGAAUAGUCGAGCGCGCAGUCUUUGUGACAGCUCUUUUUCAUAUUUAGGGUCGAUAAUUGAUAUGUUUAAAAGCACUAAUAACUGAGUUAAUCGGCAUAAUUCAUCAAUUUUCUAACGUAUAACGUAAUAGAGGUCUUAUGUUUAACCUUUAAUAAUGUUUUAUCGUUGUAGCAAGCAUUUUGUUUACAUUUCACAUGAUUUUUUUUUUAUUAUUUGGACCAUAUAAAUAUAUACUGUUCUUCAUUCAGUAAGCAUAAGUGUUUUCAGUGGUAUGCUGUUUGAUAGUCUUAGGUCACCAAUCAAUAAUUAAGAAAUAAUUUCCCACCUUGGGUCUAAAAUAAAAUAUUAGAAGUACAGGCCUGAAAGAAUCAGCCCCACCCAAAUUAAAUAUUGCUUAAUUUUCAAGUUUGAUUUUUUUUGGAAAAGAAGAAUAUUUUAAGUGUCGCCUUAUUAUUCAUUGCGGAACUGCAAUUUAAAAAAAAAAAAAGAAAAAAGAUAUAUUUAUGCCAUUCUUAGAAUUAUUUGAAUCAAGUGAAAGUAUGUGGACUAAUUCAAUUUAUUUUUACAUUAUUGAUGUGCAUAGAUCAAAAUGGAUGAUAUUGAUAAAUCGUAUGUGUGUUGAUGCACACAGAUGUUUGUUUCACCAUGCCAUAUUUUAUUGUUUUUUGUUUGUCUGUUAUUUCGAAGACCUUUUUGUGGUAGUGACAUAACUGUGACCAUAAUUCAAAAAUAAUGUUAAAAUGAAACUUGCUACACAACAUAUGUUGUCAGAGAUGUUUGGCACAUGUAAUGCAUGGUCAAUUACUCUGACUCAUACGGUAGAGUUAUCCCCCUUUUCAUCUGAAAAAAUACCAGCCUUGGCGUUCGUUAACUCUGUGACGGUCCUCUUGGGGUUUGGCUCAUGAAAAUAGAAUGGUAGAACUGUAUAUUGUCUGUGAUAUUGUUACUAGUAUAAAUGUAAUAUUUGACCUACAUGUACAUGUAAUUAUGCCUUGAUUUAGUCAGUACAUUAUUGACUGUAUUUUGUAAAACAUGUAUGUACAUGGUAAUGUUGUUAAAGUUGUAAUCUGGUAAUGUUUUCAUUUGACUUCAAUGAAAUUUCCAUGUGUAUUUCUAAAUAAGAGAAGAUUGAAAUUUGCUCUUGUUGGCACAAUUUUGUUAUGAACAUCCAGUGUACUGUUAUUUGUCAUUUAUUCAACAUGAAUAAAAAUUGUAAAACUUU